GAAACCAGGCUAUUUUUUCUUCAAACUUGUUUCGCAUCUGAGUUGAAAGCAGUCGAAGAGGAAAAAAAGACUGUUCAUCGUGAAAACUUUUCACAUUUCCUUAUUUUCUUUCGUCGUCUUCGCGUCAUGUUUGAUAUGAGUUGGUUGACUAAAACAAGUGAAAUACCGACUUUUUGGCAAGGAUAAGUUCCGCCGUCGAGUGUUAUUCAUCCACACAUAACGGAUCUUAGUUUUUUUUUAUCAUGGAAGAUGAAGUGAAAGAGGAUCCCAUCGGGCCUAAAGAGGACACCAUCGGGCCUAAAGAGGAUCCCAUCGGGCCUAAAGAGGAGCCUGAGAGGCCCAAAGAGACCAAGUCCCAAUGGAAGACCGGUUGGGUAAAAAAGGCCUCAGGCAGAAUCAUGGUCAGCUAUAAGGACCGCUACAUUGAGGUGGAGAGGACAGAGAUUGUGGUGUAUGAAAAUGAGGACCUCAAAACCUGCUUGGAGAGAGUGGACCUAGAAAACUAUGAUAAGUGCCACGAGUUAAAAAGUGCCUUCAAGAAGAAAAACAGACUGGUGCUGAUACGGGCAGCCAAACCGGGAAUUAAGGUCCAGGAUGUCAAGUUCCAGGCUGCAAACCAGGAGGAGAAGGAAGCGUGGAUUAAGGCCUUUAGUGACUGCAUCAACAGAGCAAAGAACAAGAUAUUCGAUGAGGUGAAAGUGGAUGAGAUGAGUAACUUGGAGCAUGUGACACGCACAAGGCCGAAGGCAAACCGCAAUAGAAGGCCACCAACCAGGAUUCACAUGAAAGAGGUGGCCAGUGUCUCAUCAGAAGGCAUUCUCCGGCUGGACCUGGACACGGGGCACAGCAGCACCCCUAAUGGGACCCACCAAGUGACCACUGAUGGCACUGAGAGCCCCAAACAGGCCGUAAAGCCUCCCAUGCCCCCCACAUCCAAACCCAGCAAUGUCUUGGAAGAGUGUCCGACCACCCAGAGCCCCGAAAAGGGUCAACCCGCUGAAGAUAAUCCUGGUCCUCAAAAGGGCCUGAAACCCCCCAUGCCGCCCUCCAAAGAGGCCAAGGCACCUGCAGCCGGGAAUGGACUCCCACAUGAAUCUGCUGCUGAGAGCUGCCCCGAGAAAAAGGUCCUGAAGCCUCCCAUGCCUCCCUCCAAAGAGGCCAAACCCACCGUGUCUGCUGAAGACCAAACACAGGUUCUCCAUCCACCUGUGCCCCCCUCCAAAGAGGCCAAGCCCUCUGCUCCCACUGGAGACCAACCUGCCAGGGACAUCAGCUGUGAGGGAGGCCCAGAGGAGUGCCCUGAUGCUGGGGUUGAUAAAGUACCGCAGCCCACCCCUCCCAACAAACUCCCUGAUGGCUCCACAGACAACCUGGCCAUGGAACAUCAACCUAGACCACCGACCCCGCCAUCCAAAGACAAGAAGCCCUCUCAGACAGACAUGAAGGAAGAUGCAGUGGAGGCCAGUGGUCAGAAAAAUGAAAAUGAAGAGGAUGUUGAAGUUGAGUGGAAGGAUGAAGAGGGUUCAAAAACAACUGGUCCAAGCAGUGUACCAGCGGGGCCUGAAGAUGACAUGGACUCUUCGUCCUCUCAGCUUAUAAUACCUACCACCACCCUAGAGGUCAAAGUUGAACCCCCUGUGUUUGACCACCCUGAGGUCGCUAUUACCACCAUAGAGGAAGAUAUGCCAAAAAAUGCAAUACACGGGGCUCAAGAAGAAGACUCUGUCCUUAGUGGUGGAAAGUAUAAUAUAAUCAAUGAAGAAGCUCAGACAAUGAAGUCUUCCCAAAUCGCAGUAACAGUGUCAGUUCCAGCACAGGAGAUAAUCAAAAAGAGCCCUUGCCCUCCUGGACCUCCUGUAAAAAAGAAGCCUGUCAAAUCCACUCCUCCAGCAGCUACGCUGGCAGCUCUUCAUGUCCACCCGAGCAAGCCUGAGAAUAAAGCUACAGAUGAAAUGAAGAAUGCCCCUGUCGCCACCACACCAGAAGAGAACCCGAACCGUAUCCCUUCAACACCCCCGGCGCCAUUGACCACAACCAUUCCAGCUGUAGACACAGAUGACCAGAACGUUCCAUUGGUCAUAGAGUCAAAGUGCGAGUUUCCAGUCGUAGUUCUCUCUCUGAGCGAGCCGGAACCUGACAGCUCCUGUUCCAGCCCUCUGUCCUUUCACCUUUCCCCAAAAAAGAGGGAGGUGCGUGAGGAGGAAAAGUCAGUCGAUAGUGGCCAACACUCCGAUGACGAUGAAGAUGGAUCAGAGAACGGAGACACGUUGGCUGCCUCCACAGCUGCUCUGAGGGGCAGCCUGGUCGGCCUAGACACGCUCAUGGACGAGAGCGAAGACGGAGAUACUGAGACACCCGAUAGCCUGGGACUCAGUCCGGAAGAGGUGGAGGACCCCUCAUCCACACCCCAGAACUCCCAGGACAAACCCUCCAGCCUCCACUCCACCUUUCUCCAGGCCGGCCGUUAUCCUCCCAUCCCCCUUAAACCCUCAUCCAAGCUCAAGUCCACCUCUUUGGGCGAUCUCCUUGGUGAUCAGCAGUCGGGUGAAAGAGUGAAACAACUGAUUGCACACGGGGCCGUGAGAAAGCAAGCCGGUCCUUGUGACGACACAACAGACCUUAGAAAAGAAGUGGCCUUAGAGCUGAAAAAGACAGGUGAGCUCCUGGGGAGCAUUGCCCCCAGAGGGAGUACUGAGGAUGGGCCGAGCUCGGCUCUGGCAGGGCCAGAGGUGCUGGAGGAGGGUUGCCCAGCAGAUCUGCUCUCCAGAGCCAUGGAUAAGCUGAGGAAAGCAGACCAAUUCCUCAGGGAGGCCAGGAAUAUGAAAGAGUCUCAACAUUAUGAGCAAAUGACCAAGAGAACCAGCUGGUAGUAGUUAAAUAUAAAGAGGAAAAUUAAUAGGUUAACUGGGAUCGAAAGUUGCAGAGAGAAACUACAGGUGUUUUCCUGUUUUUGCUGAAUAUGCGACAUUUGCAUGCAACGUUUCUGCUGAAAGUUAAGUCAUUCCAAUUAUGUCAGUUUUCCCUGUCUGACCUGUAGCUGUAAGGUGUACUGUACUUUUUUCACAUUGAUUAUCAUCACUUUACAAAAGGAUAGUUACUUGAAUACAAUCUCCCAUUAAUGUUUUUGAAUGGCUUCUUUCAAGAAUGACAAAAUGAGCUAAUUUUAGGGUGUCUGUGGUGCCUAAACCUUUUGCAAUCCACUUUUAGAACAGAUACAUUUAUUCAGUAGCCCUGCUUGUCAGUCAAAUCAUGAUGCCUGGAAAUAAUUACUGUGUUCACGUCUAGUAAAGUAUUAGGGAUGGGAUGUGUGUAUGUAUACUUACUGCACAUUGAUAAGAGCAACACGGUAACCGAAACGCUGUUCUUACCUUGCCCUUAACCCAGGUGAUGUGAUGUUUUAUCCUCCCCGGGCUCUUCAAUACCAACACUGUUCAUUUUGGCUUUAAACAGGCCACACAGGAACUAGCCACUUCCUGACUGAUCGACCGUCUUCAGAUAAGUCUUUACUCAGAGACGGGAUCAUUUACAUCACACUCAAGUGCACUCGUACAUGUUUCUAUGUGCUAAGACAGACUUAGACAUAACACCUUACACAUAUGUGCUAUUGAAUGAAUGUGGAAGUAGACAGUUAUUGGCAUUUUUUAAAUGUUUAUGUUGUGGAAAUUACUGUGUCUGUUUCUAUUGUUUAUUUUUACAUUAGUUUUACCUUUUGUCUGCUUCAUAGGUUUGAGGGUAUUGGUUAUUGAACAAUUGAGAGAAAAGGGUCUUUACCAUUUUUAAGUAAACUUAAAAGGUAAACUCAGCAAAAUAACAUAUCAUAACAGCAAACAGCGUUGUUGAUCAAUUUCCGAAAAAACUAACAGCAUUGAACUACAAUGUACAAUUUUGCUACUGUUUUGGUCUUGUGGCUUAGCAAACCCACGCACAAACAUAUACACUUUGUGUGACUGUAUGAUAGUGAACUCUUGCAUCUCGCUCAUCUCAAUAUCUGUGUGAAAACAAUUUUGCUGAGUCUACCUUUAAAUGUGGUAUCUACUUAACAUUUCUCUUUCACACAUGCACAGCAAGGACAAUACUUGUUCGUCCAAGACUUACUAUAGUAAACUACUGUUUGAAAACAUGUGCAUAUUCCCUGCAUUGAUUAUGAUUAGUUUUCCAUUUCGAAAGUUUAGUGUUCUACAAUUAAUGUCCAGUUUUUAGAGAGUCUAACAGUAGAGACUAUUUGAAUUAAUCUAUUAUAAUUUUAAACAUCAAAUUGUACAUAAAACAUUUUCUAUUGAACUGCUUAAUAUUUAAGUUAUUAAUCUACUCACACACUCCUUUUUGUUGGUUUGCCCAACAUUGUAGAAAAACAAUAGAUUUAAUCCCUCAAACCGUCUUAUGGCUGAGUUGCAAAUGUAUGUAUCUUAAAGUUUAUUAUAUUGUUAUGUAAUAUAUUUUAUUGUACAAAUGCAGUUACUAAUAAUUGGAUGGAUACAUUUUAUAUACCCAUAGAUGUUUUUGAUACGUUUUCAAAUGUAAGUUUGGAAAGCAUGUCUGAAUAAAUACUGCUUACUGUAUAAUG